AUGGUGUCUAAUAUUAGCAUUUUAAGUGCUAAUGCUGUGCCAAAACCAUGUAUUAGGAGGUUAAUGAUGCAGCAGCUUGAAUCUUUAUUUCUUAAAGUUGACUUGUUUGAAGAAUUGGUUGAAGAAGUUAAGGAUAUGGGGUUUCAACCAUUUAGCAACUCCUUUAUAUAUGCUUUCAGUUCAAUGUCAUGUAUGAAAAAAACACGAUGGGAAAGCAAAAAGAAGCUUUUGAUGAGCUCUGGCUGGUCAGAACAAGAAUUUCUAUUGGCAUUUAGAUUGCAACCAUUAUUCAUGCAAGCAUCCGAGAAGAAGAUGAAGGAACUAAUGGAGUUUUAUCUGACCAAAGCUUAUUUGGAGCCCUCAGACAUGGUUAAGUACCCAAAGCUUCUUAUGGUUAGUUUGAAGAGAUGUGCGAGGCCAAGAUGCUCUGUUCUGGAAGUGCUAAUGUCAAAGGAGUUAAUUAAGAAGAAUGUAAAUGUUGUCUCAGCAUUAAAUAUGUCUAAAGAGCAGUUUGAGAAGAGCUUUCUCACUAGGUUCAAGGACGAUUAUCCUGAAUUGAUCAGUUCAUACCACGUUGAGUCCACAUUUGAGGAUUUAGUUACCGAAUUUGAUAGUUGA